AUGGCAUUUGUUCCUUCUGAACAUCAGGCAGCAGGCCACGAUGGAUGUCUCACGGCGGGUCCCGUGUUCGCCAAACUUACCUCUCAGCAGGAAAUUGACUUCUACGCCGAGCUGGCGCUGCUUGCGCCCGCCGAAGCCGAUUUAGGUUCUCAUCUCUCGCAUUGGAUGCCCACCUACAUGGGCACCUUGCAACAGGGAGCCAUUGGGGGCGAUGAGGCUAUUGUAGUGAAGGAUGCAGUUGAAGGUUUGGUAGAAGGUGCUGCUGCAAGUGCCGCUGCUGACUCGGCAAAUACUUCUGAUAGUGCAAAACCAGAUAAACGCUACCUUGUGCUCCAGAACUUGUACCAUGGGUUUCUGAAGCCUAGUAUUUUGGACAUAAAGUUAGGUGCGGUUCUAGUAGACGAUACUGUGACUGAAGAGAAACGCCAGCGCUUGGCCAAGGUUAGCGAGUCCACUACAAGUGGCUCGUUGCAUUUAAGAGUCUGUGGAAUGAAGACUUAUCGUGGAAACUGCACAACCAAGCCAGACACAGAGGUGUUUCCUGGGCUGAACGAAACGGUGGAGGUAAUAAAGUCUGAGGACGGUCACUUCUUGAAGUACAACAAAUUCUACGGUAGAAAACUCACCGAUGAGACCGUGGCCGAUGGAAUUUUGGAAUUUUUCAAUUCGGACUUGGUGAACUCGAAGUUCCUCCUCACCAGAUUUCACCAGCGUCUCCAGUUACUCUAUAAUUGCUUGCUUGACACAGAAGUGCGUAUUGUAGCGGGCUCUUUGUUUUUUAUCUACGAGUCUGAUCCAGAGAAAUGGCAUGAGCUUGAUGAGGAUUCGUAUUUUGCAAAAGACCCACUCAUUGGGGAAGAUCCUGACAAUGAAGACGAGGAUGAUGAAGAUCCACAGAAUACUCCCCUCAGCAGAUUAAACUUUAUUGAUUUUUCCCACUCGAAGUACGUGGAAGGACAAGGACACGACGAGAAUGUAAUCGUGGGAGUAGAGAAUCUUAUCAACAUCUUUGGAAAAUUGGCAGAGCAGGAACAGCUAACAGAACAGGAAUAG